UUCCAGGACCUUGGACAGAGCAAGAGAGGCUUCAGGAUACGACAACGGCGAUUUUAUCGACCUUUUAAUAAAUCUUAGUAAUCUCAAUUAUCACAAUUUGGGGUUUUUGUUGGUCAUGGUUAAAACCAACAGUAUUUCCGCUCGGUAGGCCACAGGCAACUACAUACGAUACGAUGCUUUAAAACAAAAGCAGCAGAAGCACAUGAUGUCCAAAUAAGUAGUGCACUGCCUCGAAUUCAGAUGGCCUCUGUUUCUUUAAUUUGUUAAUACUUCGUAAUACGGUUGCCAAAAAAAAGGAGUCUUGACAGAAAACGUAACUGCAACCCGUUUUCAGAACCAAAUGGUUAUAUUAUAAAUCAAAAUAAGUGAAUUUUGGAGGUGGAAGGAGAACAGUAUGUUGUUUUUGACACUGCUGACUAGCUGUUAAAAUAUUACAUAAUUUAGGUAUCAAUCGACACGUACUAAUGGAAAUAUAUGACAAACAGUUUGCUCUUGCAGGUAGAUGAUACUGAAGUGCAAGUUCCGUGCUAGGCGAACGCAAUGGGUUUCUACAUCAGUUCCUUAUCAAGAACGGACAUCCGGUGUGUAAAACCGCCGUCCACCACGCAGCAGGCCCGCCGCUACCAGACUGCGCCCAACUACAAUUACAAGUGGACAGACGUCCACUAUGAGGCCAGCCGUGGAAAUGUGGAAAAACUGCGUACUCUUCUUCUCACAUCAGGAAAAGAGCAGGUGGACCAGAAGGAUUACUAUGGGAAGACACCUCUGUAUUGGGCUGCAUACAAAGGGCAGAAGUCUUCCUUGAUGCUUCUGCUAAAACAUGGGGCGAACGUGAACAGUCAGUGCAAGCAUGGUAGUACCCCACUUCACGCUGCUGUAGGGUUGUUCCCAGAGUGUGCCCUGGUGCUGAUACAGCAUGGUGCAGACGUCGAUCUUCCAGAUAUCUGGGGCGUGACUCCUAUGUACCUGGCUGCCUGCAGCGGGCAGAUUGAAUGCAUCCAGCUACUCGUAAAAGCAGGGGCUAAAAUCACCUACAAGAACAAGAAAACAGGGGAGGCUCCUAAACAGCUGGCCUCCAAGAUGGCCCUGAUUUCCUGGAUCGAGAGCUUCCAGAAGGAGCCCCGCUCCCUGAAGCACAUUUGUCGCAAGGGGAUCCGAGAUGCUCUGGGCCCCAGCAGGAUCACAGCCCUCCACACCUUCGACAUCCCCUUAUGUCUCAAGGAGUACUUGAUGUUCAAGGAUCUGCAGCUUCAGGACUCCCCUCAAGCAGGGAUACCUAGAACACCAAAUGAAGGGUGUUAAUUGGAGAAGGGAUUCUUAGCGGACUGAACCUUUGAUAAAGACAGCAUCCACUCCUGCUGGAAAUAUGACCAGGAAACAAAACACAAGAGAGUGGCAGGUGUCUGUCAUGGAAGGAACACCAUAUUGAAAAUGCCUCACUUGUGGUCUUUUCAUUGCUAAGCUAUCCCCAUUUCCCAAUAAUGUUGAUCAUUUUUUACUCUGAUAGUGUCUCUGAUUUAUAUCAAGGUUUUCACUACGAAGUUUGCUUCGUCCACCACUGAACUGCAGUGCCAUGUGAGCACAACAACAGCAUUUUUACACCUAAUCCUUUUUACAGCUAAUCCAACAGGGGCCAACAAGAAUGUUAAGGUUAAGCUUAGCCAGUUAAAUUAGAUGGGUUAAUUCAGAUAGUAUAAAUGAAGAAAUUAUGAGUGUGUAUUUUAGCUUUGACCUUAGCAUUAGUGUUGUGUUCAAAUUUCUCUUCCAAAAAGCUAAAUGUUUACCUGAUUUUCCAUAGAUUCUUCCUGCCAACCAGGCACCGCCUGGAUUAAAUUCAGAGAUGCAACAAAAUCAGGCUUUAAUAAAGGAGCUAUAAAUGUGAAGAGACAUAUACUGUAUACGAGUAGUGCUGAUUUGAGCUAAACUGUGGCACCGAGUUCUCCGCCCUGUUUAUCAUGUGGUGUCAGUUAGAUGCUCGACAGACUGUUUACAAAACGAAUCAAACCAGCUCAUCGACCUGACUCUGAUGUGUAGUUGGUUUUCUCAGUAAGCUAGGAUAAAGUGUAUGUUGUAAGCAAACCUAUUGACAAUGUUAUGGAUGGGGAAAGUCUCAGUUAUCAUCAUCCAUCUAUACCAAACUAUUUGAGUAAUUAGAUGCUAAAUAUUUUUUGCUUGUUGUUUUCUUUUUAAUAAACAGCCAUUAACCCAAAGUAAAUGGUAGUCUUCAUCAUCUGUGGUUUAAAGAUGUAUGGUGUGUGGUAUGAGACUGAAAGUUAGAUAGACUUUUUAAUCUUCUCAAGUCCUGUGUGAACGUUAUCGAGUUAAGCAGAGUACUACCUUGCACUACUGUAUGUAACAUUUUGUAUUGAAGACCCAGUUACCAUAUUAAGUCACAGGAGCAGUCUUGCUGACCAUCUGAGGGAAGUUUCCAAAA